GGCCGCCCGCGCCGCCCGUGCCCGCGCUGCUGGGGCGCUACCUCAUAGGGUCGGACGAGUCCGAGGCCGGCAGCGAGCCCGAGGGCGACGUUGUUGAGGGUCCUUGCCCCAGCCCCGCGGUGGAGGGCGAAUUCGCGCAUGGCGGCAUGGCCGUGGGCAGCGCGCGUUGGUCCGAGGGCGAGGCCGAGGCUGGCCCCCUGGACGGCGGGGCCCGCCUUCUCGCGGGCGCCCGCUGAAUGGGCGCCCUCGAACGCGCAUGGCCCCCGCGCGGUGCGGCCGUGGGCCACUGCAGCGGCGGAGGGAGGAGGGAUGGGGCGGAGGGAUUCAGGCCCUCGGCGUCGCAGCCCCCAUCUCGCAUGAUGGACGCGUUCGGCCAGGGCGGCGUCGCGACGACAGUGCCCAUGGCCUGGGAUGCGCAUUCCCCAGGGGGAUGCGGAGCGGCCGAGGCCGCCAUUGCCUUCUCUAAGGUCGAGCCGCUCCGGACGCUGAAGGCGGUCGGAGGCGAGAAAGGCGACCUGGCGGCGCAGGCGCGCGGCGUCGACGGCCUGGCCGCGACGACGGCCCCGAUCGACGAGGAGCGCGACCUUGCGGAGCAGGUGCUCGGCGACGACGUCGACGUCGACGGCGUGGCCGUGGUGCAGGCCCAGAUCGACGAGGAGCGCGACCUGGCGGCGCAGGCGCCCAGCGUCGAUGGCGCGGCCGUGGCGAGGGCCCCGAUCGACGAGAAGUGCGACCUGGCAGGGCAGGUGCUCGAUGUCGGCGGCGUGGCCGCAGCGGAGGCCCAGAUCGACGGAGAGGGCGGCAUGGCGGAGCAGGUGCUCGACGUCGUGGCGGCCCAGAUUGACGAGGAGUACGACAUGGUGGAGUAGCUGCUCGACGUCGCGACGGCUCAGGUCGACGAGUUGAGCGACGCGGCGGAGCAGGUGCCCGACGUCGCGGCGGCCCAGAUCGAGGGGGGGGCGAUCUGACGGAGCAGGUGCUCGACGUCGCGACGGCCAAGAUCGACAAGGAGGGUGGCCUGGCGGAGCAGGUGUUCGACGUCGAGACGGCUCAGAUCGACGAGGAGCGCGACGCGGCGGAGCAGGUGAGCGAUGUCGACGGCGAGGCAGUGGUGAAGGCCCGGACCGACGAGGGGCGUGACCUGGUGGAGCAGGUGCUCGACGUCGGCGGCGUUGCUGCGGCGAGGGCCCAGGUCGACGAGGAGACCGACCUGGCGGACCAGGCGGCAGCGCAGGUGCUCAACGUCGACAGCGAGGCCGUGGUGAAGGCCAGGUUCGACGAGAAGGGCGACCUGGCGGCGCGGGCCUACGACGCCGACGACCAGGCCAUGUGGAAGGCGCUGGGGAGGCGUGCGGCUCACAGAGCGGCGCGGGCCUCGGCGUGAUCGACGAUGGCGGCCGCGCGAGGGCGGCGCGCCCGGGGCGCGGCGAGGCGCGGCAGAGGGCAGCCGCGGUCGACGGCGUGGCGGAGAGCCUCGCGCAGCGCUGGUGCGACAUGGCCGACGAGGCAGAGCGGCGGCCAGGCCCGCGGACGCUUCAGCAUCGGGCGGCGGCUGCGCGGGCCGCGCAGGUGCGCGCUGUGAAGCUCGAAGAGCUGGCGAUCUUGUCGCGGGCGCGGGUGUCCUUCCAGACUGACCGCGCGCGCCAGUGCCCGAGCGGAGAGGACCCCAUGGCUGCGGACAUCCAGGCGGAGCUGGAGAGGAUCGACAGUCAGGCGACCGCGUGCGAGGCCGAGGCCGACGCGGCGAGCAGGGGCGGCUGACGGUGGUCGAGGAGGCUCGAGCGCUACGCGCGGCACCACUUACGGUCGAUCUGAUUGUCAGCAGUUACGUAGGUUGACGCACGCCUGGCGUGAGUGCUCGGCGUGGGGGGGCUUGAGGCUGGACCUCUGAGAAGCAAAAAGACUAC